UCCAUCCCCUGCAGCUGGAUGCAGCAGGAGGAGCAACCCAGGGACUGCUCCCCAGCUGUGCAGGGCGGGAGCUGCUGGGGGAGGUGGGGAAGGAGAUUGCAUCAGGGUUUCCUUACGCCUUUUUUCUGGGUGACGGCUGUCGCUUUUUGUUUAAAUCUUAGCGUUAGUUGCUCUGGCAGUGUUGGUGGCAUUUUGUUUGCGUUCCUUUCUGGGCUGUGUGUGCGCAAAGCAGACUGUUGACCGUCACCAGGGCAAUAGGGCUAAAAAUAUCGGCAUGCACAUGCUGCCCGUCAGUCAUCUUUUGAGCCCUGCUCUCCCCCGCUUUUCUUCUCCCUCCUAUGAAAAACAAGUAAAAUCAGAGGAUCUAAUAAAAACUGCUAUAAAAAGCCUUUCUUUUUCAACAGUAAGGGAAGUAUAUUUUACAGAGAUGUACUCAAAUAAGCCUGGUACUGGCUGGUUUCCACAAUACAAGCCUUAACAGGGGGCUGUGAGUUCUGCCACAUGGUUUCUCAAUCCCUGAUUUUGUUUGCACGGAGGGUGACGUUUUGUUUGCUUUUUCCUCUGUGUGUAUGUGUUUUUUCUUGUGUAUUUGGGGGCUUUUUUGUUUUCUUUUGUAUGUGUGUUGUGUUUUUUUUGGGGGGGAGGAAGGUUGGUUUUAAAAUGGGCCUGUGUUUUGCUUAUGAACUAACUACUUGCUUUGAGCUCAUUCAUCCCACUUCCUAUCACUCAAAGGUAGCAGCAGUAAGAACCUGACAGGAUGAAGACCUGUCCCCCAAAGCCCAAAGGUAGAGCACACGCUAUCACACUUCUCCAUUCCCACCUUGAAACAAUCCCUGCCCAGCAGCAGAGAACCCCAUCCCCUUGCUCAGUGAAUCUUUCCUCUCCUUUAUGCCACUGUGAGCAGGAGUCAUGGUCAGUCUAUGGCACUUCUUCUCUGCCGCUCCUUUUCAGUCACUCUCAUCCCCUGUGCUGUGGGGUCCCACCCACGGGAUGCAGUCCUUGCUGAACUGAUCCGGCAUGGGCUUUCCACAGGCAGCUGCUCUUCCAGAACUGCGCCAGAUGUGGGUCCGUACCACAGGGUCCAUCCCUCAGGAGCAAACUGCCCCAGCACGGGUCCCUCACAGGCAGCAGCUCCUGAGGAAAACCUGAGGAAAUGGUUUGCCACAAUGGUGAAAGAAGGUAUGUUAAAUGAGAAUGAGGAUUCUGAGCCAUCCCUAUGUGAGAGAAAUAGCAUGAUUCCCAUGCAUGAGAAAAGUGAGCUUUCAUUUCAGGAGAGACCAACAGGAGACACCAAAAGUGCCGAUGGGAAUAUACAAACAGAAGAAACUGCUCUCUUGAAUCACUCUGCUCAGCAACCUCCAGAACCAACACCAGGAUCUUCAACAUCUACAAGAACAUGGAGGCAAACAUUUGCUUGCCCACCCCAGGGUUUCCUGGCCCUAGCAGUGACGAACGUUGCACUCGUGGCCCUGGUUUGGGCUGUGGUUUGGUCCAUCACUGGCACCAAAUGUCUCCCAGGUGGAAACCUGUUUGGAAUUAUGUUUCUUUAUUUUUUUGCUGUCAUUGGUGGUAAAAUUUUUGGACUCAUUAAAAUACGAACACUGCCACCUCUCCCUGCUCUUCUGGGGAUGCUACUUGCUGGUUUUCUCAUCCGAAAUAUCCCAUUCGUUAGUGACAUUGUCCAGAUCAACCUAGACUGGUCUAAAGCACUGAGGAGUAUUUCUCUUUCAAUUAUCCUGACUCGAGCAGGACUUGGCCUGGAUCCAAAGGCCCUUAAGAAACUCAAAGCAGUCUGUUUACGGCUCUCUUUCGGACCAUGCCUCUCAGAAACAUGCACAGCUGCUGUUCUCGCCUAUUUAUUCAUGCAUUUACCAUGGCAAUGGGGAUUUAUAUUAGGUUUCGUUCUAGGUGCAGUCUCUCCUGCUGUUGUGGUUCCCUCAAUGCUGAUUUUACAGGCUGGGGGAUACGGAGUGGAGAAAGGUGUCCCAACUUUGCUAAUGGCAGCUGGCAGCAUUGAUGACAUUCUGGCUAUUACAGGCUUCAACACUUGCCUUGGGAUGGCUUUCUCUUCUGGUUCCACUCUAUACAAUGUGCUCCGGGGAGUGCUGGAGGUUGCUGUUGGCGUAGCAGCUGGGGGAAUUCUGGGAAUGUUUGUUCGGUAUUUCCCAAGCCAUGAUCAGACAUCUCUGUCAUGGAAGAGAUCGUAUCUCGUACUUGGGCUGUCCAUGUUUGCUGUUUUUGGUAGCAUCCGCUUCGGCUUCCCUGGAUCAGGAGGGCUCUGCACAUUAGUCUUAGCUUUUGUUGCUGGUGUGGGAUGGUCUGAUGAAAAGAGGGAAGUAGAAAAAAUUGUUGCAGUUGCAUGGAAUAUCUUUCAACCUUUUCUUUUUGGUUUAAUUGGCGCAGAAGUAUCUGUAACAUCCCUUAGACCUGAAACUGUUGGGCUCUGUGUUGCUACGUUAAGCAUUGCCCUAGUUGUGCGAAUCAUAGCAACGUUCCUGAUGGUGUGUUUUGCUGGGUUUAAUUUCAAGGAGAAGGUAUUUAUCUCGUUGGCAUGGAUUCCCAAAGCCACUGUCCAGGCUGCAAUAGGUUCCCUUGCCCUGGAUACAGCAAGGAGUCAUCAGGAUGAGCAACUGGAAAAGUAUGGAAUGGACGUACUGACAGUAGCUUUCUUGGCUAUCUUGAUCACUGCUCCAGUUGGAGCCCUGGCCAUUGGCUUGGCAGGGCCCAGACUUCUGCAGAAGGCACAGACAAACAACAAGAAAGAUGAGGAUGGUGCCGAAGCUGGAGAAGAGGCAGAGGCCUGUGAACCUUCGUGAGAUGGACAUCGACAGGAAUAUGGUCCUUCAGCACUUACGCUUUUGAGUAAACACAUUGUGCCUGUAAUCUUUGUGGAGGAAACCAAAACAAGUAUUGGUUAUAUGUGCUAUUUCAAAAGCAGCUCUGGUGGAGUUUUAUAAAAUAUGUCAAAGUGUUGAUAGUGCCUUAAGAGAUGAACCAGCUAAACACAUAGGCUGGUGAGGCCGUGAGUCACUCAGAAGUUAGCAGUCAACAGUUACUUGAAACGUGUGGGUGUGAGGCCAGGGAGAGGAUCGGAAUUGUUCAGGCAUGGAGUGGAGUCAUGAGGUGGAUAAACAGAAGAAAAUGGAGACUAACGUGAAUAACUUCUUGAUGGUUGAAACCGGGCUGUAAGAUGACAAGUUCAAGAGCUCAAAGAAUGCAACUGUUGAAUUAGAGAGGAUUGACGCAUAGUGAACGAAUCCUGCCGUGGGUUGGCGAUUCCCUCUCCUUCCUCAUCCAGGUCUCAAAACUUGCUGUUUCCCAUUGCUGUUCUCCCACACAUCGCACACGUUCUUUUGUGUCUGCUUUCGAGGGCCUGGCAGUUCUGGUCUCAGCAAGGAGCAGCAAGCAGUUCUUGUGUGCUGGAGGAGGCAGCUGGGUCCAGGAUCCAUCAGGGCGGUGGUAAUACAGGAGUACCUGGUGCUGGUAGAAAGGGCUGAGCUUGAAAAUAGGACGAGAGUUCCAAGGAGGACUGGGAGAGGGUUCUAUGGGACCGGGACAGCUGCUGCUUCAUGUGUACCUCAGCUCUUGUGCAACACUAUGUCAAGCUGAGAGCAGCUGUGUUCUGGCCCUGGCUGCUGUAGGACAGGGUAGAGCUCCCCUAGGAUGGGGUUUCUGGCAGGACAAGGCCAAGGUAGCAAGGAGUUGCCCCCUUCUUCCUCAGCUCUCUCUGGUGAACUCAGCAGAGUUCUGUGGCAGACCUCAAACCAGGAUUUAUGGGUCAGCAGGUAUCUCCUGUUACUCUGUCCUAAGUUUUUACUGAUUUGGCUGAGAGAAUGCUGUGAUCUGGUCCUUCUCACAUCUGCAUUUGGGUAAUUGUAUAAAAACAAAUAUUUACCAAAAAAAUAACAAGUUAGCUCUCAGUGUUCAAAGAGGUGGAUGGCUGGGUUUGCUGUGGAGAUCGGAGGUCUCUCAGAUUUGCCAUGGCAUUUCAACCUCUAACUGAUACAGAAAAAUAAUAGACUUGAACAGCCUGGAAAAAGCAGUGCUGAGAGGGAUGGUACAAAGUGAAAGAGGCCUCACCACACUUUCCUUCAAAUAGGCUGCUAUGUGACAGCACUAGCACCCUCAUGAGUUCCCAACACACAAGUUGUGUGCAGCUGUGGAUGAUGGUAAUGAGUGGCAGUGCUCAUUUUGAAUCUCUUGCCAAAAUGUUUCACCAGGGAGAACAAAAAGCGAGCUUUGGUGGUGUUCUUUUGGUUUGGUUUUUUGAUUUGUUUUCAUUUUACUUAAUAGAUUCCUCCUGCAGAGUCAGUGCAAUAUAGUUCACAUUUGACUUUCCCAUAUGACUUGUUACACUUUUCUUUCCCCUUGACUGUCCAAAAGCCAGGAAUAAACCUCCUUUGUUGGUCAAAACCCUGCACUUGCCUUUAGGUUUGUAUCAGCUUGGCUUUGGUACUGCCUGUUAAGAGAUAUUGGCAAAUCUUUGCUACGUUUUGGGUGAGUAACUGGCUCUAAGUAGGUCAUUUUCUGCUCCUUUCAGAAACACGGAGUCAGUACAGCAUUCCUCAGAAUCUAAGUUUUAUUUAUUUCUUUUUUAAAUAAGGAUUUUAUGCUGUGGUCGUAAUCGAGGUGGACAAGGGCUAUCUGCAGAGCUCUACGCUGCAGUUCAAUUUUACAAGAUACUGUACAGAAUAUCUUUGUGUCCAGAGACUUUCAGCAGUGCGGGGAAGGUGCAGUCCUCAGUUCCCGUUUGUUCCCUCACAGGAGGAAGGUGCUCUCAAACUGCACAGAGUGAUGCAUGCUUGCAGUGCUGCACUUGGUGCUUGCUGUGUCCACUGACUUCUGUGCCCCUGCUGCCUGCUUUAGGUGGCUGACAGAGGCACUCAGUUACUGAAAUAGGGGUGGUUUAGAAGGAGCUAACUGUAAUUGGAAGUUGUAAUAUCUGUAGACUUAAUUGAUACUGUGAGGGAAUAAUCUGUUUGGUUCAUCAGUGACUAUCGCAUAAUAAUGCUACAUGAGUAAAGUUCACAAGGGGAAGCUGUAUAUGGUUCAUUUUUUUGAUCUAGUUUUAUACAAAUUAGAACCCUCUUUCAGGGAGGCAUCAUUAUGCCACAUUUGGAGUCUGUUCAGUAAACAGAAGUGUAAACAAUUGAAGUCUUUUAAAUGUGAACACGACCCUAAACGUGCAAGCAAACCUCUGACACACAGUUGUUCAUGAUGGCCUCUAAUACUUGCUUACUAUCAUAACAGCAUCUCAUAAAUUGGAUUUAUCGUGUUCCCUUAACCUCUGUGCACUCUCAAUUUAUUCGUCAAGAUCACUCCCCCCACUGCUCUGAGACCUUGAAUAGCUGUACCAAUGGAAGUGUUUUUGUCUUCUAAUCCAAACUCAAUUUUCCUUUCCUCACCACCAUGCGUGGCUGUUACAAGACCCGUUUCCCUCGACCUUUAUUAAAUCUUGAAUCCGACUGCAGCUCUUAACAUAGUCCUGCAGAUCUAAUAUGAAGAACAUUAAUGCUAUAUAAUGCUCCUCUCCUUGUCUUCUGGACAGGAACAAAACACUUGUCUUCUCGUGAGAAGAAACAUAACAUUAGGGCUGAGACUGACAAUUUCAGUUCAUUUUAAAUAGCUGUUAAUUUAAAGAGAUACGAUUUCACUUUAUAUCUGAGUUUGCAUGGGUAAAGCCACAAGGCCACCUUCCUUUGAACAAAACACCAUGAAAUCAUUCUUGAAUAAUGCAUAAAUUCAAGCCAGUAAAAUCUUUGUGCCGUGCCAAGCAUUCUCUUACUUGGAGGAAAUAAAAUCAGGAGGCAAGCUGCAGUAACCUAUAGCCAACGGAGCCCGGCUGCCAUGCAGACACAAUCACAGGGUCACGUGGAGGAGUACUGAGCACUGCGUGCAUGUGCAGCACCAGAAGGUUGAGGAGAGCCUCUGCAGCAGAACAGUCUGACGGCACAGCGUGGUCCUGGCAGCAUGCGGCAGGCACUUACAGCAGGCAGCAUAUGGGAAAAGACAGAAAUGGGCCAUCUGGACACAGGAAAUCACACAAGCUGGGGAUGCAAUGAUAGUGUAAUUAUAAUCACUGUUUUCUCUCUCUUUUACAGCCAAACCGCACAUUCUAGAGAACUUGGAUGAAGUCUAAAAUUAAUUGUGAAACACUCAGGGUGUAAUAUGGCCGCAAAACGGUGAACGGUAGUUCUUGCAUUUUGCUUUUUAAAUACAGAGUGCAAGAGAUGAAAUUCAGUGCCAGAUGCAUUUCACAUUUACUUUGUCUAAUAGGCAACCCAGGUCAGACACCCUUCUCUAAAUUUAUCCAUUUACAUGUUUCAUUGGAGUUCAUUACAACAAGUCUUCAAAAUCGUAGUCAAAAGAAAGGUAGGUACCAGCGUUCGAGUUGCGUGCAGAAGGCAUGUUGCAGCAUGCCAUGUCUGCCUUUUCUGGCUUUUGCUUUUUCCUGACUGAAGAGCUUGGUCUGCUGCCUGAGUCCUGGUCUUUCUUAGAACUGGGCAAAUUUAUCCCUUUGUGUAGAGCUUCCAGAUGAGGGCAGAAAAGUCACCCAGUGCCAAGAUGCGGCCAAAUAUAUUCUAGCAGGUAAUUGGUUCAACUCUGUCAACCGAGAUAAAGGGUUCUGCUGACACUUCAGUUCUUAGCUAACCCCACGGACCUCAUGAAGAUAAUUUGAACAGAUAAGUAAACCGUGGUGGGUUUUUUUGGAGGGGGAGAAGGAGGGGUGUCUGCUUAAAUGGACAGACUUGCACUUUGAGCGCAAGUUAACUGUUAAAGGAGUCAGCAGUGACUUUUUUUUCUUACUUUGGCAUCUGUCUUUCCAAGGACAUCAUUUUAACUUCAGAGGGAAAACUCCUGCAUGUGGCUUGCAGAUGAAGAAUCCAAGCUGCAAGCAGCACAGGAUCAGAUAAGACAGUCCUAUCCAGUGCUGUGAACUUAGCGGUCCAAGCAAAUUUCAUUUAUUUGGCGAGAGCUGUUGGUACAGACAACAACCUUCCAAGGACUCCUGAAAGCAAAGAGGAUGAGUGACUCUGGUAGCUGCUGGUGAUAGACUCUCCUGAUUCCCCUUCAUCCUGGGAAGUGUUUUGCUGCCCUUCUCAGCACUGAUGAGAACAUUAAUGCAUUGCACAGCAAUUUUCACAAGGCAGAGCUCUGUUUGCUCAGGGACCCACAACAAUUUUCUACAAUGCACAUAGCCAGUGUCAGGACUCCUUCUCUAGGUACCUCUACAUAAGUCAAGCCCCAGGAAACUGCUUUUUACCAACCUGAGACAGUUUAUUUUAAGUACAGCUGAUACUCAACUACAUUGAUUCUGGAGAUUCUUUAUCAGCUCUGCUGCUUGGGAAGAGGCAGUCUUUGGAGCCAGAAAUGGAGAGCAGAGGAUCGAAGAGGUCUACAACUUCAGGAUGGGGCACGCUCAGAACACAACAACACAGAAGAGGAGAUGCUUGCGGAAGCACACUUAUUAGACAAAACUUGAGACUGACAGCAGCUCUGGGUGCAGCCUCCUCCGGAUGCUCGCUAUGGCCCGGGGAGCACAGCUGACAUUUCACCAAGCCCUGCUUUGAUCUGUGCCCCACUCAGCACCGCUCGACGCUCUGCACAUGCUGCAGAGAGGAGCCGCUCGCGCCGCGCCUCGCCUGUCUGCAUGGGCAUCACCUGACGUGAGGCGUGAGUAGUUUUGGUGUAUGAAGGGGUGAUGUCACUGCUUGUGGAAAAACUAUAAAGAAAGUGAAGCCUGAAUGAGAUUCUGAGCUGGAGGGGAGGCAAAAGAUGGGCUUUGGGCAUCCGGUGUGAGCUGGGGCUCGGGAGAUCUGUGUUUGCUCUCCAGCUUGGCCGCAAACUUCCUGUUUGACUUAAGGGGGAAAAUGUAAGCUGCAGGCUCGCUCAGUCCUGCAGAAAAGAAGAGGGUUGUACGCAGUUGUCCAUCUUUAGGGACCUAGUUACAGGGGAAGGACUUACGAUUGGUUAAUAUCAAGAGCAUGUGUGACAUCUACUUUCUGCUACAGACAUUUAACCCCCUGUGUGGACAUAUAUAUGGACACAACUCCAUAUCUCUUUGUGUCUCAAAUCUCAGUGCUGCUGGGUAUCUGGAAACUCUUGUAGCAUUUUGUGAAGAAUGGCAGGGUCAUUUGUUGUUGCAUAUUUAGCUUUGGUUUCUGAAUGUUUAAAGUAGAGAUCGCCUCUGCCUAUGUGUUUCAUACUGAACAUGGCCACUGAAAAUCUGGUAUUGGGCAGGGAAUAUAGGAGCUGCUGUAAUAAAAGCAGCACAAAAAGCCCAAGCACAGCUACUGGAACAGAACCUAGGUCACCAAUACUGAAAUAUAAUUGUUGCUUUCAGCUGUAGGUAUCCUCUAUCACUAAGAUUUUUCAGCAACUAAGUACAUUACAGACAAGGUGCAGCUUGGAGGCCACGUGAGUAGGUCUACAUCAUUAGUGCUAGCUCAGGUCUGUUACAAGGAGCUCCCCAAAUACAACUCAAAAGAGAAUCGGCAAGAGGACUUGCUCCUGUACAUGCUUCGGUGAAAACAGUGGAAAAGUUCAUGGCAGAGGUGCAGAUCAUGUUUGGUGGGGCUUGUUCUGUUAAGUGCAAUGUUACUGAAACAUAGCUGCAUUGGUCCAGCUCCCAGUAGAAGUAAGAGUCGCCUUCAGCAUCCAAAUGCUGGUCAGCCCUGCUCCAUCUGAAGCAGGUGAAAAGAAGCUGCUGGUGUUCCUCCUCUCUAACCCUGCAUAAAUUGCUUAAUGCCCCUGCGCCUUUAAUUCAGCUGCAGAAUGAGAUAAUGCUUGCUGGUCUGUCUAGAACACAUUAAGAUUUGCAAAGGAAAAGAACAUUUAUAGAUGAUAUUGAUGUAUUUUAUUUUACCAAGUACAUACCUGUAAGGAUAAAAGAUGAAAGAUUCCGAGGUAGCAGACACACAAUCCUUCCAUCUCCAAAACAAGCCUAAGUAGCGCAGUAAUUUGCUCAGCUUUCUUUCAUGUUUAUGAGCUUUUCUAUCAACAGGAUGUCUUGUGUUGUUAAAACCAUUUUCUUGGAAUUGGCAUUGCCAUUAUCCAUACCGAGUGCCUCGAAUAAUCUCCGCAGCAGGCAAAACUACUGUUGUCAACUAAAAACUAGCCUGUCGCCAAAGGGCUGGCUUCUGGCAUCAGCAAAUGCAUGGCUCUAUCUAGGAGGAAGCUAGAUCUCUCCCUUUGUAUUUGAAUCAUUUCACAAUGGGGGUUGAUUAGCUGCCGUUCCUGCUGUUUGUAAAGAUCUCUUAUUCUUCUGCUUCCCCAAAAUCAAGCAAAAUCAUGACACCCCAGAAGGGCUGCAGGAACUGUGAUUCAUUUCAUGUGGUCUCCGUCAGUAUGCAGCACUGUCAACACCCGAGUAUUAAAAAAACGAGUCUCAAAGAAUAAGUAAACUGGCUUCAAACACAUAAUCCGUAAGACCAUAUGUAUAUAUAAGGUUACUUUCCUGCUUUAUGAACGUUGUGAGUGAGUUGCAGUUGUGUUGCAGCCAAGUUAGGUUUUCAUUUGUUAUUUUUACAUCCAGAGGCUUAAUUGCUGUUAGAAGAAAACUGAGACUGUCGUGCUUUCACUUGACUCUCUGAACUGGCACUGGAAGUGGCUUCUGCUGGAGCUUGUGGAAAAUAUCUGCUCCUCUGCAGUGUGCACCAUGCUCGAGAGGAAAAUGGGUAGAGAAAAUAAAUCACUUAUAAACGAAUCAGGAGGGUAAUUUUGGGAUAGCAUAAUUAUCAUAUUAUAAAAUUAUACUAAAUUAUUUUACAAUCAAUGGGGGAUGAAAGGAGAAAUCCAGACCGAAAGAAGUUAGCCUGCUAUUACUUUUUAAUCUAGCUAAUGUCUAAGCAUUUUACAAUGUAACUAUUAUGUUUUGAAAGCAGGUGCUAUUGUAAUUGCCUAAGUAGCUGCAGUGUCCUACCGCAGCAUGUAUUAUUGUUGCAUUUUUAAAUGUCCCUGUGGCUCAGAAUGCUGUUUAUUGUCAUGGGUUGUAGAGCACUAAUUUCCGACAAGAAUGAAAACAGGAAUGUAAAGAAGGAUGGCAAGAUUUCUAAGAAUUGUAUCAAACUCCAAAAUGCUACUUUGUGCAAGAAAGACCAGAGCCUAUGUGCAAUUGUACCUAAGAAAUAAUCAGUCUUUGAUCUCUCAGCCACAGGUUUAACAUUUUAAUUUCUUCUUCUGACUGCUGUUGCUGGGGAGUGUCUUGGGGAAGUGCUAUGCAUAAAUUAUAGUUGAGGAUAUGAAACGAAGCUGAAGAAAAUCCCAACCCAAGAAGGAAUAGGUGUCUUCAGUGUUGAUUUCCUAGAUAUCCCCAGAUAAAGAACAGUUUGUCUCUUUUUACAUCGUUAGAUUUUUACAAGCCAGGACUGUCUUUUUUGCAAUGGUUAGCAUUGGUCCACAACAGUGGCUUUCACAGUCAGUAGAAUAUUUGCAAAAAUAACGCAGGAUAAAACUAUCCAAGUGCUAUGUUACUGAUCCCUGUUGCCUUUAAAUAAAGCUGAGGAAGUAACUGAAGUUGUAUGACGUGAUACUAUUGCAGGUAGCAUCAGUGAAGUAGUGCUGAUGAUGCACAUUACAUAUAACAUUGCAACAAGUUUUAAACUUUGAUCCAAUCUUUCCAUCCUCAUUAGUAAGCUGAUCCAAUACGUAACACCUCAUGAGGAUCCAGACUGACCCCUGGUCACAUAAAGAAUUGCACAGGUUUGGAACUUUAUUGGCUUCCAGAGAGUUGCUAAUUCAAAUUUUUACUCGUAUCAGAACAAGUAUCUUUAGGAUACCCUAAUAACUUCAAAAACAAAGACCAGAUAGGUUACUGAUUUGUGGCAGGUUCUGCCUGGUUUGUUGCAACAAAACAGACUACAAAAUCCCCAGACUGUCCCCUGGGAGGAAGCUGCAGUGAUGAAAAACAGAUACCUCCUCCCCUGCGCUGAAGGACCGACAGAGGACAAAGCCGACAUCAGCGGCACACUACUACACGGACAGCUGUAACACCACCAACAACAAAUCCAACCAGCUCUCUCAGCAUGGGAAUGCCAGGGAAAAGAAGCACCGUGUGUCCGUGCGUUCUCAGCAGGGAACCGACUGCACACUAUUCCCCUUUGAACUGCAUUGAUCUCUGAUGUCAGGGAAGACUGUAUCCUUGACCAGACAGCUAAGGCUGUCUUUGUCCCCUGAGUACUUUACUCCCUGGUGUAAUAGCUGUCACUGAAAGAUAUUUCCUUCAUUUUAGAAGGCAAAGGUGAGCAUGCCACAAGACUGAUUCCUGUGACGCAACGUGCAUUUGUUGGCAGUGCCUAAUUAUAGCACAGAAAAACUACUGGCUUCCCCUCCCGAGGACAGAGUACACGAUCUCCGCAGUACGCCUGCACUCUGCUCUCAACUUCUUCCUGUGUCACGCUGCCCACUGACACCGCAGUAAAACAGCACUCGAUCAUUCCUCAGGCUGCUGUGAAACAGCAGUGCUCUGGAGAUUUCUCAGCCUGCCUCCAUCCUCAAGGCUAAGCUGUGCCAGAUCUAGGUAGUUGGCUGUUUCCUCGAAGAUUUCUAAGUCACUUUCUCACUCCGAGAUACCAUCAGAGUCUCGUAUCAACUCUGCACAUCACCCCAGUGCAGGGAGAUGCAACAUCUGCGAAGUAAAAGCAUUUUGUAAAAAUCUCUUUAUUUUUCCCCUCUAAUCAGCAGUGAAAGCAACCGACACGAAAAGUAGGCUAUAAUCACAUCAGCAUCAAAGUUCAAAAGGUUUCCUUACUUUACAGGAAAGGUGAGCCUAAUGGCUGUGAAAGAUACAAAUUAAAUGGAAAAUGAAAAAGAAAUACACAGUAAUUAAGAGGCAUUUGUCUUGAUCAACACGCUAGGAGAGUGCUCCUGGAAAACAGAAAAAGAUUUAGUGCCCCUUCUUUUUAGAGAAGAAAGUCUUUUAUUGAAAAUUAUUCUUGUCAUAAGUAUCUAUAUUCAGUUUAUUAAGAUACUUGAGAAUGUUUUAAGCUGCUUCCCCAGGAGGCAUUGAAUUAUUUUUCUUCAUUUUUUUCACACUUUUAUGUGCGUUUGGUGCUUGAGCAAGAUGUUAUUUUGAUAGCUUCAGGGACAGAAAUGUUCUAAUUUUUCAACAACCAGGUACAGUAGAAAUGAAUGCCACACACCAUCCCUCAGAAUGUCUGUCCAACAAGACUUGGUUUGUCAAAUAUCCUGAACUAUGUAAGGCUGAGCACAUCAUUUAGUCUUAGAGUACCUGAGCCCUCCACGCCUAAUUGCGGCCGUGUUUGUUUUUCUGAUACAGGAGCUAUGCAGAGAUGACAAAAUCAUUUAACAAAGGCCACCAAAUAUUCAGGAAGGACUAACAAAUUCUCUUUUUCCCAGUUAACUUGAAAUUUAAAUUGCUAUGACGGGAAAAUUAGUAUCUCUAGAUGCCACUAAUAAGUCUUUAAACCAGUAUUUUUUUUCAGAGUUUUGAGGUAUUUUUUUCCAGAUAAAGUCCCAUUAUUAAAAAAAAAUAAAUAAAUAAUGUUACUUUUUCUUGAAUGGCUGCAAAGAAUGCUUGACCUAGAAGAAAAAAAGUUUUCAGGAGUGCAGAAACAAGGUCACCCUUGCUUUCUAUUUUGCAAAAUUUUCAACGACGUGCCAACCAUGUUUCAUGACUAUCAUGUGUGUCACAACCCACCCGCCCGGAAAUACUGCCCUGAUCCAUCCCCGUAACCAUAAUGAUGAAUCGUGUAACACCUGGCUAAUUUCAGUAUUGGUGAUUUAGAGUCAUCAGCAAUAUUUCCCAAAUUACACUGACAGCAAACUAGAAUAAUAUUCCUUCCUUCCAAGAGCUAUAUUUGGCUGUAAUUACCUGGGCAUUUGAACUCCAAGCAACCUCUUGGACAUUUUAAUUGGGACAUACCAAAACCUGAAAAGAUCAGCCAAAUCUUUAAAGAUGAGGUUGCUCAAGGGACGGAGUAAAACGAGUCGUAGUAACACGAUACUUGGAUAGUUACAGCCAUUGUCCAAAUACAUUGCAUAAACUUCUGGCAGUUCAAAGACAAACCAAACCAAACAAAGAAACAUUAAAGUAUUUCAGUGGACUUUCCUAUUUACCUAAAUCAUUAGAGUGAAGUGUGUCAAUAUAGUAUCAGACAAUUAAAACACGGCAGUGUACAAAGCUAUGUAAUAAUUCUGCCAGGGAAACAGCAUUAGUUUGUAUAAAACCUCCUGUCUCAACUAAGAUGAAGGGCAUUAAAUACACAAGUAUAAAGUACAGUAUCAGUGUCCUGAUUGGCACGGGCCAACUAAUUGCCUGUAAGUAACCAAACAAUGAACUCAGAAUGUGGCAAGCCAGCUGAAUUGAAGCCUACGCAUCUGAUCAAGCAAUGCAGCACGCUGUGAAGCCUGCUCAGCCUUACCCAUAGCAGGGAGCCCAUGAAAUACGUUACCUACCCUGUAUGAAUAAUGAACUGUCAUCCUGAUCGUCGGAUCUGGACUUUUACCUUGUAUUAGGCAAAUUGUUCAAAGCGUUUGUUGAGCCCAAAUGCUCCUCAAAGACUGCGGUUUGCUCGGUACGUUUGCAUCCUGGAACAGGCAUUGGAGGAACAACCAAAUGAGGACGGUCUGAAUCUGACUAGUAAUCAGUUACCUCAAAGUAAUAAAAAACCAGACAUAUCUUGAAAGUGCAACAGAGACUCCUUUGAUGUCUCCUUUAGUAAACACAAUAGGCCAAAUUAGGUACUGCUGUCAGCUGCUGCAAGAGCCUCCGUCAUUUUCAGUAAGAGUACUACAGCAUUAGCACUCAGUCUGCUGGCAGCCGGAGGGGUCAAAAAGCAGGUACAACGAGGAAAAACAACCGACUCCGAAGUCAGGGGGUGAAGCAGGUCACCAUUAAGCACCUUUCUGAACGGAUCUCCAAGUGAUGUAACCCAGCCUACCGGAGCUGAUAACACUGCUUUGCUCCAGAGAGGUGUUUCACCUGCUCAGUUCAGCCUGCGUUAGCUGAUCUCAGCAGCUGUGCCUACCCUCUCAGCCCCUCACACCCCUACGUUAGGAUGCUAUUUUGCCAUAUAUAUAUAUAGAUAAGUAUAAUUUGGGCUUGCUUAUGAAUGUAAACAAUUCAUCCAAAAGGAGAAAGCUAACGUAGUUAAUAACUACAUGGCAACACAACUUUUUUUUUGCGAAUGGGCAUCGUAAUUGCACCGUGCAUAUGCCCACCUGUGAGGUUUCAUGCUUCAAUAUCCAUAGGGCUGAAUCAGCACAGAAAAUAAACAUUCCUUUGACUGCUGCUGACAUGAAAGGAGUAUCUCUUUCAUUGAGAUCAAAUGGUAGUUUUUCUGGAAAAAAAAAAAAAAAAAUCUGUGAAUACUAAUAAAUAUCCUGUAGCAGUUUUCAGACAUUCAGUUGUUUAGGUCUGUGAAAAUAACAUAAUGAACUUUAU